UUAAUCCUAGGUCAUAAUUAUUGCAGUCUUAGAUUACCACAUACGAUGGAUAUUCGAUAAAUGCUAUUGAAGCUGAGUUCUGGAAUUUUUGUGUGGAAUUGUUUCAACCAAUCCAUUCUAAGCUACACGGAACAUUACCAAGUCAAUAUAAUUUCCUGUGUCGUCCCCAUUCUGUUAUUCAACCCUCACACACAAUCAGAGGAGUCAUAUCAGGAAAGAUGAGAUUUAUUUUCUACCUCGUCUGUGUUCUUGUAUCCGUGUUUUCGUAUGAAUCAAUGCAGGCCUCUUACAACAGUUGGCAGAAUGGUUUACAGAACUGCUUGGACAAUGACAAUGGCAUGCCUGUAACUGCUGAAGAUGUCUCGCUAUUACAGAAUAACUCGUGGGUGUAUGCUGCUGAGUUUAGGAUUAACACAGGUGGUAUUAUCAUAGUUCAGAUGAGGAAGGUGGAAGAUAACAAGAUAUGCAAAGAGAAUUGCAACAAGACUUGUCAAGCCUGUGAUACAGAUUUUGUCUUUAACGGCAAGAACAGAUCGUCCCUAAGAAGUCAUCAAAAUACCAUGGAUCAUGGGAUACAUUACAUUAUGAAAGAUUCUCAUUUCGAUGAUUAUCCAGAUCCUGAUGAAUGUUUAGAAUACGAAUUUGCUGUUAGAAAACUGGUAGCUAGAAACUGCAGUGACUUUCGUCAAGUUCAAUGUAUUAACGGUCCCAGAGAAGCUUAUGUAAUGACGGCGUGUUAUCAGGUCUCAGGGGAGGAAUCAUGCUUACCAAACAUUGAGAGAUUGAUGACCACUGAUAGCUACGGCCCACAGGAAUGUAGAUUUCCAGCCUCUUGUCUCGAGGGAUCCUUUUGCCAGAUCAUUCUUACUGGAGGGAUUUUGUUUAUAAGUACCAUAUUCAGCAUAGUUUGUACAAAAUGCUGCAUUAAGUACCAAGUUAGAAGAAUGCUGAAGAACAUAAGACACGAGGAAACCACAACAGAUCAAAUGGACCCCAAGAUAAAAAUAUAUACCUACAACUAUACUGACGAGCAUCACCGCGCCACCCACAGCACGAGUGUCUAAUUACAGAAAACACGACAGAUCGAGAUCUCAAGAUAAAUAUCUAUACUAACGAGCAUCACCACCCCGCCCACAGCACGAGUGUCUAAUCAUAGAAACCACGACAGAUCGAGAUCUCAAGAUCAACUAUACUGACGAGCAUCACCGCCCCGCCCACAGCACGAGUGUCUAAUUAUAGAAAACAUGACAGAUUGAGAUAUCAAGAUAAAUAUCUAUACUAACGAGCAUCACCGCCCCGCCCACAGCACGAGUGUCUAAUCAUAGAAACCACGACAGAUCGAGAUCUCAAGAUCAACUAUACUGACGAGCAUCACCGCCCCGCCCACAGCACGAGUGUCUAAUUAUAGAAAACACGACAGAUUGAGAUAUCAAGAUAAAUAUCUAUACUGACGAACUUCACCGCCCCGCCCACAGCACGAGUGUCUAAUUAUAGAAAACACGACAGAUCGAGAUCUCCAGAUAACAAUACUCACUAGGAUCUCCGCCCCGCCCACAGCACGAGUGUUUAAUUAUAGAAACCACGAGAGAUCGAGAAAAUCUCAAGAUGGAUAACUAUACUGAUUAGCAUCUCCGCCCCACCCACUGCACGAGUAAUUAACUAUAAUUCCAAUAUUAUUGAAUACAAUUGUUUUGAUUGGACAAAAAUAAAUCUCAACCAGAAUUUACACAUCUGUAAAUCCAAAAACGCUAUGUAUACAUACACGCCUGAUAAGGAAUAACAGUGCAGGGAAAAUAUUCAAAUGUUUAACAUUGAUAAUAUAUGUAUAAACUCAGGACAUUUUACCUACAAACUUAAAAUAAAAGUAGUGUGCAGUUUAA